GUUGGAAAUGCAGUCCAAAUGCAUUCAAACCUGCGUUUAAUCUACUGAUUGUCACAACACUUGAUCCCCGAUUACACGACAACACCCUUUCGGCGACAUCUUUGCGAACCAAUUGGUGGUAGAGUUGAGUUGAUGGUGAAAAUGUUGGUCCAAUCGACGGCUACCAUAAGCGAAGUGCUGAAGAAUUUGUCGGUUUAUAUCCAAAGCUCAUCACUAAAUGACAGGAAAACUAUUUUCAAUCAUUUGAUUCAAUUGAUUGAUACCAAAGACAUCGAAGAGACAACAAUUCGCGGACUCUUUAAAGUAAUAAUAAUAACGUUUAUGAGAUAUAAUGACACGAAAUCCGUUUCAUUAGUCAUACAUUUUGUGAAACAUUUGCUGAAGAAAUAUCCGGCGAUCGGUUCCAAGCAUUUGGUGCAAUGUUUGCAUAGCUUUAGUCUUCAGUUAAAGCAAUUAAAUUCAACCAAAUCUAUAGCCAGAGUGUGUUUAACAGCGUUUAAACUAAGCGUUUGUUUGGAUUGGAAUCAAUGCAACGAUUAUGAGAUUCAACACAAACUCAUUGAAAGUCAGGCCAUUCUCUCUGUCCUUAUCAUUGCGACCGACUCUUCAAACAUCAGAGACAAGGCUUACAACAAACUGAAGACAUUCUGGAAGUGCAUACCUAUUGAUGAAUAUGCGGCCGCUUUAGGCAAACUGUCGGCCAAUGUUGAGCCCAGUCUUGCACUUCAAUUGACAAUCAUUUGGGAUUUUGUAAUCAAAUACUUAUCAGAAUUGAAAUCAUUUGAAACGAUCACUAAAUAUAAACCAAUAUUUAGAGAUUUAUUUCUUAAACACAUCAUUGGCUGCAAAACCAAACACUCAAAUGACAUCAUAUCUGUUGGCUUUAAAUAUCAAUUGAAACAAAUAACUCACGAAGACUUUGCGCAACUCUUUCUGCCAUCAAUUCAAAAAGCAGUUUUGCGUAAUUCAGAAGUAGUUCUCAAUCUAAUUGGUGUUAUAUUCAAGGGAUUAUCACUUGACUUGAGUCCAUAUGCUUCAGAAAUCGGGAAACUGUUGGCCUCUCAGUUGCAUUCAAAGGAUGAUAUGCUUCGCUCUGAAGCCAUUGAUGCGACAAAACAUUUGGCUCAACAGUGCUCUAACUCGUCGGCCAUCGAAGGUCUUCUCAAACACUAUUUUGCUGUUCUUAAUGGCAGUGAAGGAAAGCUAACGAUUGCUGUCCAGCGUUUGGGUGUCGUCUCUGGAAUUGGAGCUCUGAGUCAUCACUCGGUUAGCGGUGAAGCCCAACACUUGAGUGCUGUGGCGUUGGAGUCGUUUGUCACUGUUUUGAAGCAAGAGGUUCACGAGCCAACUAUUCUUCAUAUGACAGCACAGCUCCAGUUGUGGUGCAAUCGAUUGGUUACAGAAAUACCAAAAUCAUUCAUUGAGUGGUUUAAAGCGCUGCAAACAUUGAAAACAUCCACGGCUUACGUAAAAAGCGCUUACAUUUCAUGUCUGAACGCAGGGUUUAAGGAAAAUAUGUCCGAACAGGCGAGUGAUGUCUUAACUAUUCUGACGACUUCAGCCCAAAAGUCAUUCACUGCAACCGUUUCCCAAAUGCCAAACCUUACUGAAGGUCUAAACGCUUUAUGUCUGUCACUAAAGCUGAUCGCAUCCGAUAAACAGUUUGAAACGAAAUACAAAUCGUUAUUCAAUCAGUUGUUUGAAACCCAAAAGUUGGCUUUUCUUUCGGACAAAUUUAUUAGUUCCGCGUCAGAGGAAUCGUUGCAAACAUUAACCCAUUUUAUCGAUUGUCUUGUUUUUAAUUACGAAACAAAACUCGUGUCGAAAAUGAAACCAAUAAACACUUCACUUCUUCUUUUGAUGACACAUCCAAUCUCUUAUGCGGUCCGCAAACAGGCCUUUAUUACUACAAAGAAAUUGGCCUCUAAUUCAAUCAACGAUAAGUUUGCCAUCGAUUUAAUUAAGGAGUUUUACCUACUCUUUAAAGACAUGAAAGACAAUCAAAAUGAUAGCAAUUCAUUAAAUAGUGAUGAAACUCAAGCGAACACAGAAGUGACAAAACAACCGUCGGUUUCAGCACUCAUUGAAUGUCACAAUUCGUUGCUUUCGUAUUGCAAUGACGAACAGAAUUUGAAAUGUUUACUUCUGGUCGCCUUAUCUUCGGCUCAUAUAAACCCCAUUUUCAACACUAAUCCCAACCUUUGGUAUAACUUAUUGCACAAAAGAAUUGAUUACAAACUUUUGGACCAAUUUAUUAAAGACAACAAAGACAUGAUUGUACAGACAGUUCUCCGAGAGAUCGAUGAUAUUUGCGUGAAGAGAAAUGCUGUCAAAGCACUCGUAUGUCUCGCACCGCAUGACUUCAUACCAAUAUUCUUGACUAAAGCUGUGAAUACAUUAUCAAAACCAGACUUUAAAAUAAUUACUCAAAUGGAUUAUGAAAUAUAUUUAACUAAAGACAAUGAAUUAUACGAUCAAUCGAUUUUGGAUGCAAUUCCCGCUGAAAUGCAAAACAAGAAUAUCAAAAGAGAAUCGAAAGUGUAUUCAUAUAAAGAACAGAUGGAAGAGAUUGAGCUGAAGAAGGAAUUGGAGGCCAAAAAGAAAACACAGACCGACUCUAAGGGACCGCAAAUGUCUAAAAAGCAAUUGGAAGCCAAACAACAACAGCUCGAAAAAGAGGCACAAAUUCGAUCAAAAUUAACCACAAUUUACAGCGAGUUUUGUGUUGCAAUUGAUUUGAUUGAGUCGAUUGCCAUCAGUAACGCAAACGCCAUUUCUAAUUAUAUUAAUGACGUUUUGUUUGCGUUAAUUAAUCUCUUUUCGUCACCACUUUGUUCACAAAAGGCCACUAAACUGUUCGUUGAUUUGCGUAAAACACUAUUCAAUCAAAGAGACUCGGAUUUGAAACGCUUCGGCGACUCUUUGGCUUAUUUGACUCUCAGACAACUCAAGCCUUUUUGCCCGAUCGACGAGCACUGGACUACCGGUGAUCUGAAUGAACGCGUCGAUAAACUGAUGACUCAAUUACACAAACGGACGUGUCGUCCGACGGGACGAGAUUAUGACGAAAAGACGGCACAAUUGGCUAUAAAGUUGCGUUUGACUGCACCGGCCUUUGCCUAUACCUUCCCAUUAAUCCAAUCUCUGCUAAUGAAUAGCCAGACACCAGACGACCUACUGUUGAAAUGUUUGCAAAUAGUGUCAGAGCACUCGCACAUGAGAUUCAAUAUGAGCUAUGGUUUGGAUGACAUCGAAGACGACACCAUUGGACUCAAAGAUCCCAAAUAUUUGCCCCUCAAGUAUAUGUUUGAUACGAUUAUUAAAGUGAUUGCGAAGAGUCCCAUACAUAUUGAGCAGAACGCGUCCAAAGUGUUGUUAGAUAUGGCCUUAUCUGCCAAUGGAGACAAGGGAUGUGCCAGAGCUUCGUUCCAAGAGGUGAACACACUUUUAGAGGCCCUCAAGAAUAGUGUGGAAACUGUUCGCAGUUCAGCCCUCAAUGCCCUUCAAAUUCUGUCGCAUAAUGUUUUGGUUAACAUGAAUGACGAAAAAGCGAAAUUUGUUUUGACACACAGAAUAUUUGUCACUCAAUUUGAUCCAAACGAAGAAUGCGCGACAAGUGGUCAACAAUUGUUCAGCGAUUGUAGGCUCCGGACAAGCGUUUCCCUUUGCAAUGCCUUAUUUGACGACAUAAUAAACGGCAAUUCAAUACUAAGACAUUCAGUUUCAGGCGCUAUGGAAGCGCUUUUGUCUGAAUAUCCCGAACAGACGCCGAAAGUUGUGAAGCAGUUAAUUGAUAUUUACAGAGAAAGAGCUAAAGUAUUGCCUCCUGUUAUCGAUAACUUUGGCCGCGCGAUAGCCAACAGUCAAGUGGACAUCUAUGAGCCCCGUUUAGGCGUUGCUCUGGUAUUGACACAAAUUGCGCCAUUGAUUCCCAAUGAGAUAAUCGAAGAAAUCGCUCACUUCUUUGUUCCGGAAGCGCUCGGAGAUCGUAAUGAGAGCGUCCAAAGCCAGAUGUUGGAGGCGGGCUGUGCUCUCGUCAAUCUUCACGGCAAAGAAAGUAUCAAUUUAUUGCUCAAUGUAUUCGAGAAGUUCUUAGACGACGCGCCCGACACUUCGGACAACGACGCCGUCAGACGCAGUGUUGUUGUUCUGAUGGGAACUCUCGCCAGACAUAUAGACAAAGAUAAUCCCAAAGUGAAGCCAAUUGUAGCCAAACUGAUCGAAGCGCUGUCCACACCGUCACAGAUGGUUCAGGAAGCAGUGGCCAACUGUUUGCCACAUUUGAUCCCAGCCUUCAAAGAGGAAGCGCCGUCUUUACUGCAAAAGUUG